UCUGGGCCCCUCCCCUUGCACUUGGCCAGGCGUCCAAUCCAGACCCAGCCGGUAACGACGGCGGCGGCGGUGCUGCUGCUGCUGCUUCUGCGUGGAGCUGCACUGCGCCGGGGCUCCCCUUCCCUGCCUCUCCUCCUCCUCCUCCUCCUCCGCCUGGACAGCCAUAUAUUCUAACCAUGGCGGAAGCUCAUCAAGCAGUGGCGUUUCAGUUUACUGUAACCCCAGAUGGAAUAGACCUUCGCAUGAGCCAUGAGGCCCUCAGGCAGAUCUACCUGUCUGGUCUAUACUCAUGGAAGAAGAAGUUCAUCAGAUUCAAGAAUGGCAUAAUCACAGGAGUCUAUCCUGCAAGCCCAUCCAGUUGGUUGAUUGUAGUAGUAGGAGUUAUGUCAACAAUGUAUGCCAAAAUAGAUCCUUCAUUAGGAUUGAUAGCUAAAAUCAACCGGACCCUUGACGUAACGGGCUAUAUGUCCAACCAAACACAGAAUAUUGUCAGUGGGGUUCUUUUUGGAACAGGGCUCUGGGUUGCCCUUAUUUUCUCAAUGCGCUACACACUAAAGAUGCUGCUUUCCUACCAUGGCUGGAUGUUUGCUGAACACGGCAAACUUUCUACAGGAACCAAGAUAUGGAUGACACUGGUGAAGCUUUUCUCUGGUCGUAAGCCAAUGCUGUACAGUUUCCAGACAUCCCUGCCACGUCUUCCUGUUCCAUCUGUUAAAGAUACAGUAAAUAGGUAUUUAGAAUCAGUUCAUCCACUUAUGAAUGAUGAACAGUUUAAAAGAAUGGAAGCUCUUGGCAAAGAUUUUGCAAUUAAUUUGGGACCAAAGCUACAAUGGUACUUGAAAUUGAAGUCCUGGUGGGCUGCAAACUAUGUUAGCGAUUGGUGGGAAGAAUAUAUUUACCUUCGAGGCCGUGGGCCUAUUAUGGUAAACAGCAAUUACUUUGCAAUGGACUUUCUGUAUUUUACACCCACCUCUGUGCAGGCAGCUAGAGCUGGAAAUGCUAUCCAUGCCAUCCUCCUAUAUAGAAGAAAACUGGACAGGCAGCAGAUUCAACCAAUUCUUCUGAUGGGAUCCACUGUUCCACUCUGCUCAGCUCAAUGGGAGAGGAUGUUUAAUACCUCCCGUAUUCCAGGAGAGGAAACAGACACUAUCCAGCACAUAAAAGACAGCAAACACAUCAUUGUGUACCAUAAAGGGUGCUUUUACAAAGUAUGGCUGUACUAUGAUGGCAGACUGCUAAAACCCCGGGAGAUUGAACAGCAGAUGCAGUGGAUUCUCGAUGAUAAAUCAAAGCCCCAGCCAGGUGAAGAGAAGUUAGCUGCUCUUACUGCAGGAGACAGAGUUCCAUGGGCUAAAGCUCGCCAAACUUACUUUGCACGUGGAAAAAACAAGCAGUCUUUGGAUGCUAUUGAAAAGGCCGCUUUCUUUGUGACUCUGGAUGACACUGCUCAGGGUUAUAGGGAAGAGGAUCCAGUGGCAACAAUGGACACGUAUGCAAAGUCACUUCUGCAUGGCAAAUGCUAUGACAGGUGGUUUGACAAAUCAUUCACCCUUAUAGUGUUCAAGAAUGGCAAAAUGGGCCUGAAUACUGAACAUUCAUGGGCGGAUGCUCCUAUUGUAGGACAUCUUUGGGAGAAUGUCAUGUUUUCUGACUGCCUUGAGCUGGGCUACACAGAAGAUGGGCAUUGCAAAGGAGAAUCCUCUUCUGGUAUCCUUAUGCCUAGCAGACUACAAUGGGAAAUCCCUGAAGAAUGUCAAGAAGUAAUUGAGAGAUCCCUGGCUGUUGCAAGGCCUCUAGCAGAUGAUGUGGAUUUUCAUUCAUUUCCUUUCGACACAUUUGGGAAGGGAUUAAUGAAGAAAGCAAAAACUAGUCCUGAUGCAUUUGUGCAACUCGCCUUACAGCUUGCUCACUAUCGGGACAUGGGUAAAUUUUGCUUAACUUAUGAAGCAUCUAUGACACGCCUGUUCAAAGAAGGUAGAACAGAAACAGUUCGUUCAUGUACCACACAGUCAUGCAAAUUUGUGCAAGCUAUGGAUGACCCAUCUGAAACUCUUGAAAAGAAGGUUGCACUAUUCAAAGCUGCUGCUACUCAUCAUCAGCUCCUGUAUCGACUUGCCAUGACUGGUAAUGGCAUUGAUCGCCACCUUUUCUGCCUUUAUGUAGUAUCAAAGUACCUUGCAGUUGAAUCACCGUUCCUUAAGGAAGUUUUGUCAGAGCCCUGGAGGCUUUCAACGAGUCAAACACCACAACAGCACAUUGAUCUGAACAAGAAUCCUGGGAUGGAAUCCAGUGGUGGAGGAUUUGGCCCUGUUGCUGAUGAUGGUUAUGGUGUGUCUUAUAUAAUUGUGGGUGAUAAUCUCAUAAAUUUCCAUGUAUCCAGCAAAUACUCUUGUCCUGAAACAAACUCCCAUCGCUUUGGGAAAAACAUCAAACAAGCAUUGUGUGACAUUCGUGAUAUGUUUGGUAUUGGCAAAAACUCUACCAAGUGAUUCCUUAACAGCUGGUAAAUUAGUCCUGUGUUGGGCAUGAGAACUCUUCUGAUCAAUGACUGAAAAGAAGCCACGCCAAGCAGCAGUCCAUUCCAGGGUAUUGAAGCAAGAUUACUUGUGAGAGAUGCCAGAAUCCAUCAUUGUACAUGUUCAGAAGAGUUUUCUUUUCCACAUGAGAUGACUUGCAUUCUCUCGGUAUUUGUAAGAAAGCUGCAAGGUGACAACAAUUACUUGAGGCUUUUCUUAAUUUGUUGUACAUUUGAUCAUUUCUUACUUUAAAAUAUGUCUACUUGUAUUCUGUUAAUGAAGGGAUGAAAAAUGUGGAUUCCAGUUUUAUGUCAACAAGAAAUCUGAACUAUAUCAGUAGCAAAGCAUCUGUUAAUAUAUUUGCUGCUUUUUAUCAGUAAGUGACAAUUUGGGCAUUCACCUUAAAUCGGAGUGUCACUAAUUGAAGCAUAAACACACAUUGGACAAACCUAUUGCAAUGUGCUAAGAGAGAAAGGGUUGUGCUGCUUGAAACAAAGCCUAUAUUGCCAUAGGUCAGUGGUAAAAUUAUUGUGCCUCAACAAUGACAGUUAAGAAACACAUUUUAUUUACAUUAACGUACUAAAUUAUCUCUGAAAGUUUGGAAAGCAAAAUAGCUACAGAAUUCACGGUCAUAUUUUUUUUUUUUGGCAUAAUAAAACUUGGAAAAUGUGAGCACAUUCUAAACAGUGUUGUAUACAAUGUUCCAUGAAUUUCCUUUGUUGAUCUUACUGAAUAAUUUUUACACUACUUUUUAAAAUGACUGUUAUUUUUGCUUCAGUGUAGUUCACUUCAAGGUUAUCAAAUGUUGCCUGACCUCAGAUUCUUUGUCCACUAAGGAAGGCUGAUCAUUAGGUGUUAGACAAUCGACAGGUACAAGUUAUACUCAACCUAGCUGGCCUAUUGUAAGUUGUUCACCACCAUGCCUUAAGCAACUCCCAUCUCAUAUGCAAUCCUAAUAAAUAGAGGUUACUAAUAAAUAUCUUGAAUGUUUUAUGGGUACAGUGUGGAGGACCACUUCAAGAUGCUUUUCAGAAGCAGAGAACAUACAAAUCAUGAAUCACUAGAGAAUGACCAGUGGAAAUUACAGAAAAUGGAUAUGGGAGUAUAUAGCUGGCAGGAAGUUUACCAAAAAUCUUGUUACAAAAAUGUAACAAUAACAUCUUCUAGGCAGCCUAAAAAAAGCCUAACUAUAUGAUGCAGCAAUUUACAGUUACUAUUCAAAAUGUGAUGGGUAUGAGGAAGAACAUGCCACAAAUUCAGAUGUUUUACUCUAAAAUCCAGAUGCUCCAGAGCUUUUAAUAGCUGUAUGAAAUUGGGGGUGAAGAAAAGAGCUCACGUUCUAUCCUGAAGAUGCAUAAUAUGAAUAAAUUAUUUUACUCAACAUAGGCUGGAGGUAUAGAUGGGAUACAUUUCUCUGUAAAUUACAUAUCAGAGUACAACACCGCCACCCCUCACAGAGAGAAAUGGGUUGAACAUAUUAUAUAUGAUCAGGUAUGUUAAAUAAGCAAGAAAAUGAUGAAUGGAAAUGAAAUAUUGCUUGUCAUGCUGCACUCUGGAAAUAAUGCAGCAAGAGUCAGGUGUUUGGGAGCUUUUCUUGUACACACACUGUUGACCACUGACCAAUCGCUAUUAAUUUUUAAGAUGGAUUUUUUAAAAUUAAAAGCAUACUUAGGUUUGGCUCAGGUUUUAGAUGUUUCGAUGUAAUCAUAGUUAGUGUAUUAUCAAUGCAAAUUUUCAUUCUUUAAGGGAAUGUAAAUGUAUAAUUGGCUGAGGACGUAGUGGUUUUAUUGUGUCUGGAGGGUAAGUGUCAUGUAUUUUUUAUUUGGCACAUGGUAAGUUUGGUUUAUAUUCUCUUAGAAUGUCAGCUGCGUGUAAAUAAUGUUCCUUUGGUUGUAAAUCUUUAAACGCACAGUAAACAUAAGUUAGCCUUAAUAAAGAAAUUAAUAUAA